AUGCAGCUCCUAAUGGUGUUCAUUAUCUGGCUGAUCCUCCGAGUCAUUCAAUUCAUUCCCUUCUGUGCACGACGCUUGUCUCGCAAAGAACAACGGAUGCCCCAGUUUCUCGAGAGACUGAACCUCUCUGGACAUGCAUCGAUUGUCAAGUCCAUUCUAGUCGAUUUCCAAGAAUCCCAGUGCUAUUUCGUUCUCUCCGUCCAGGCCGCCGCGAUUGUGGCCUUGACCGGUGAUGCAGGUGUCCUAGGUGCCACAAGUUUACAACAACUUGGGAGAAAUUUCGAAACGGUAUCUCAGUUGUCAUCGGGAUAUAUUCCAACAUUGACCUUUGGCCUAUGGAUGUUACGUAGGUCACUCUUGGACUCGGCAUACAUCUUUGCCUGGAGUUUUGCCAGCAUUGUAGUCUCGGCAUACAAUCUGUUCGGAAAAAUUGGGCGAAAUCCGAAAACUACUGGCAUCAACCCAAUUUCCAACCUCGACGACCUAGACAAGUGUGGACACAACCCUCCACCGCUCGUUUACUGUUGCUCAGACUUCUAUGGGAUGUAUACUUCUUCGCAGAUUAUAAGUGCUGGUUGUCUAUCUAUAUUCGGAGUGCUGAUGGUGCAGAAAAUCAUCUCCUACCUCGAGCAACAUCUGAAUUGCUACCCUGCUGUAUCCCGUCUGCAGGAUACCAUGAAGCCAGUGCUAGCAAGCAAGGCUAUCCGAAUGUUCUCAAAAGUCUGGGCACUGUUAGUGGAGACAUUUCUCCUUAUCAACAACUUACUCUACAUCGUCUCGAACUCGUCGACGCCCGAGGGUGAUUGGUCCUUCGGUCAAAUCAUUGCAGUGACAAUCUGGGUUCCGGUCAUUACCAAGUACAUCUACUGGUCAUUUUUUGGCACUAAGUCCUAUUCUGCAACCCGACUUUCCGAGCCCUUCCAUAUCGUCGAAGUCGAACCAAAAAGGGACCCAUUGGCCGAGCUCGAAGAAAAUCAAACAUACACAUUUCAGCCGUUAGACAGCACGAUAGGAUCGCGACCAACCCCAACUAGGACAUUUACCUGGAGUUGA